AUGCUCCGUCCUGCCAGCGGACUCAAACUCCUCGCCUUCUUGCUGCUGCUGAGCACGAGCAGCUCAGCUGUUCACAACGACGCCACAGAGUCAGUUAAUACUCAGCUGACCCCCGACACUCAUGACGAGCAGGCUAUUGAAGACACGAACCAGGCGAGCAACGGCGGGAGACGGCUACCUGACGUUGUGCGUAAUGGCCCCGACCAGAGCCAGAUGGGCUGCAGGGAGCUGAGGUCCACAAAAUACAUCUCUGAUGGCCAGUGCACCAGCGUCAACCCCAUUAAGGAGCUGGUGUGUGCUGGAGAGUGUCUGCCGGCCCACCUGCUGCCCAACUGGAUCGGGGGUGGAGGCUACACUGGUAGGUAUUGGAGCCGCCGUGAUGCCCAGGAGUGGCGCUGCGUCAUUGAUCAGACCAGGACCCAGCGGAUCCGGCUGCAGUGUCAGGACAGCAGCUCUAGGACCUACAAGAUCACUGUGGUGACCUCCUGCAGGUGCAAGCGCUACUCCAGACAGCAGAAUGACUCCAGACACAAGGACACAUCUGUCCACAGUGGCAGACAGAGUAAAAAUCCAAGGAAGGCUGAACUCCCUGAGGAGAGAGCCGAGAGGCAGGAAAUCUCAGAACAGCCACUCCUGUCUUUAUCAUGAAGUUUAUUAAUGAAUUGUAAGUGUGCAAGUCAUUAUCUAAAUAUUUAAGGGGCAGGCCAAAUCAGGUUAGUGGAUAGUGCAGAUUUGCCUUCAUAUUUAGAUGACCUUAGGUAGUGGGAUAGUUCAACGUUUUGGGAAAUACACUUAUUUCAAACUGUCCUUCCCAGAACAACAACCACAUAGGUCGUCUGUGCAAGCAUCUUAUUAUGACCCGUAUUUACUUUUAUUGUUAGGUGGUGACCACUAGUAGCAAUAGUAAUUAUGAUUGGAUCAAAGGAGGAUGUCAGGUGACAUAGUAUAAAGAACAACAAAGUCUACGCAGAGAGGAGAUUGGGGACUGUCACCCAGGAGACCACUGUUUGUGUCCCAUCUGAAACCAAAAGUUGACAGCUGACUUAUUUUAACUUACGUAUGUAAAUUAACUCACAUACAUAACUGAACUUACUAACAUACUUAUUUUAGCCCAAACCAUGAUCUUUUCCCAAACCUAACCAAAUCUAUUUGUUACCAAAACCUAACCAAACUGUGACCAUUUCAGAACAUUAAUGUUUGCCUGGUAUGCUUGUUGCUCAUACUCUCCAGCGGUCAUAUGUGUUUUGGGAGUCAUUGGGAAACAACUCACUGGACAUCAGACAACAGAUGGACAUCAGUCUAAUGUCUGUGUGCUGUAAGCACUAGAAGCCUAGUUCUGUCUUAACUUAAAAGAUACAUCUACCAGCACCUCUUUACCUCAUUGAUUAACAUGUUGUAUCUUUGUUUGACCUGCACACAAAAAGAAAUGUAAAAAUCACAAUUUUAGAUGCAUGCUCGAACUAUUUCUUGAUGAGAAACAGUUUAUCUAUUCGCCCGCUCACUUGCUAUAGUGCAGUUUGCCAGAUAUGAAAAGUGAGCACAGGUUUUUGUUUUGGUCUAUAUGUACAGGCACGAUGGCACCAAACCAAGCAACUUCACUGUGAUGACAAGACCUCAGGAAGCCUUACACAGUCAGUGUACCUGGCUGUUUGUUUUGUCAAGAAAUUGUUCCAGCAACUCCCAUGUAAUGUCAUUUUUGUUUGUGUACAGACUACGAAAAAAGAUACAUUCGUCUCGUCAGUGAGUUUUACAACUGCUUUUUUUCCACUUUGUACUGAGCCAAGCUGUUGCUGUUUAGCCCUUGCUUCCAGCCUUUAUGCUAAGUUAGGUUAACCACAUCAUGACUUAAAAAUGUAUUGAAUGAAUAUUUUUUGAUAUGUUGAUACCUGUUAACUAGCCAGCAUAGUCCAUUGGUAAAGUAAAUGAUGUUCAAUUUAAACAUUUUCUAAAAUAUGCCACAGUCAGAGUAGUCUCUCAUUCGGUACAAAGGAACGUCCUGGAUGUGCUUAUCUGAUAUCCCAAAAUAGAAGAUCUGUUCUUGUAACAUGAAACUGGUGUCAAAUUCUAACAAAAGCAUUAACUGGAUUAAAUUGCAUGUAUAUACAGUAAAUCUGACUGUGGUGGACACUUGACAAUAUGCUGUAGAUACAACCUGACAAUACCAUAUCUAAACACAGAGCGAUUUAUGAAUUAUAAGUUCAACAUUGCUCAGAGCCAGCACUUUCUGAAAAAUGUGCUCUCUUUGGCAGCUUUACAAGUCAUAGCAGCACACACUAUGCUGAUUUUCUGCCAGGUUUUGCAACCAAAGUAAAAACAAAAGUAGGCAACUUCCUCAAAGUGCAUUUAAUGGGAUUCUGACAUUUACAGAAAUUAUUAUGGUGAUAAAUUUACUGUACACAAUAAUGGAGGAGGAUUUUUUGCUGAUCAGAAUUCCCUGAGCUAUGUGACUCACUCACUCACCCACCCAUUCUGCUCUCCCAUUCCACCAGACGAUUAAUAUUGUAAUGAUUUUAUCACUGUCACCUGUUGUACAUUUAUAUUACUAAAUGAUUUUCAAUGUAAUUGGGUGGAUUAUGUUUCCAUGCCAUGUACAGUAUUUUGAGAGACUGAAGAGCUACAUUUAUAAAGUGUGUAACAUUAAUGGAGGUUCUGGCAAUAAAGGUUGCGGUGUAAUAUAGCAAUAUACAACAGUUUGUUUGGACAGGAGGUUUGGUGUGUGUUGGAAAGAAAUGCCAGGAUAGGUUUUGUUUGUGUCGCUGAUGGCAAUUUUGCCAAAGAACAUCUACAUGAAAAAUAGCCGAAGGCAUCAAUUCUGGGUUCAAACCCUUUGGUGCUAAACAGAAGGAAGCAGUUGAAUGGGCCAAAGUUAAUGCUGUGCACAACAAUGGAUGGCUUUCACCUUUUUGAUUUCUGUGAUGCCCCCCUUUGGGUUGGUUUCAAAAUUUGGAGUAAACCUAUUCCCAAACACGGCCUCAAGAUAUGUACUCACCUGAUUGGAGAAAUUAUUAGAGCUACUGCCAUUUUCCUGCUAAGCCCUGCUCUGUGAAAACUUUUUCAGUACACUUUUUUCAACCAUGUUUUGCAACCAAUGUUGCUCAUGUAUAACAGAAAUGUGUAUCUCAGUCCUGUGAUGGUGUAUACCCACUUUGGUACUGAUUCAGUCGGAAGUUUUAUUCAUAUAACUGUAGAGGUGAGCUGGGCUUGCAUUUCUGGGCCUUAAUUACAGCACUACCAUCUGACCCAUUGGGUUCAUGUUCCUUGGGAAGCAUUUGCACAUCAUUCCAGAUAUUGGACUGAGUUUCAUAUUUCUAGCUCAUUCCAUCUACAGACCAUUUGAGUCGCGGUGUAAGACAACAACAACAAAGAAUAAUAAUAACAACAAUAAACCAGCACAAACACAAUAGGGUUUUGUCCGUUUUGGGGCUUGAGCCCUAAUAAUUCAUUAGGCAUUCAAAGACUCAUGUAGACUUUGGAUGCAAGACAUGCAAAACAUAAUGUUACCAUGAUUCAUAAAACUUUCAAAUGUGAAGCAAAAUUUAUGUUGUAUAGUAAUGCUUUGAUAGCCUGUAGUAUGAAUGCAA